AUGGUACAAUUACUACCAUGGGCCAACAUGGGCUGGCCCAUGGCAUUGAAGGAUGCUUUGGCCGAAAAGGGGGAAGAGCAUGUACACACGGCUGGACAUCAAAUGAUGAUAGAUGCCCUCCAAGGCUUUGUGCUGGAGUUGCCUGCGUACAAGAAGGAGAUAGAUUUACAACAAGCACCUCAGUCAUCCAGUUGGCCUGAUCAAGACGUGGCCGCACUGCAAAAACUACAACCAAGCAAGAAGCCAACUAAACAUUACACAUACAUGAAGUUGCUAUGUGUCUUGCAGAUCCUGACGCCAGUGUGGGUGCAAGUCACACCAACUAGCAAGAAACGUAGGCUAGAUCCUGAGGAUAGUGACGAUGCCCUCAGUUCGAGAAAGUAUGAUUCAGAAGUAAAUGUGGUCCACUGGGCGUGUAAGAACUCCAAGUACUUGAAAAAAGCAGACUACUGA